AUGGAGGUCUUCAUCAAUCGCAUACCUUCUCACUGCACAGAGCGUGAUUUGAAGAAGUUUAUGCGCUCACCUCUCCACGAAUUUGGCAUCACCGACUUCAUAUGCGAGAAGCUGGGCAACAAAGCCUGCGCAAAAUUGAUUUUUUUGGACUCUGACAAAGGCAAGCGCUUCAUCGCCAGGUAUGGAAAGUCCGACGGACAGCGAAGACCCUUGGUUCAGCUCAACAUGAACGGCCAUUACAUCAAUUGUGCGGUGUCGAAAAAUCAACCCAACGAGUACCUCUUGCGCAGUCUCAAGUCAAGAGCCACUCAACCAGUCGCAUCAAGCCAGAUCGGUUCUGCCUCUCGUCACGAGGCGAAUUCCAGUUUCGAAAUUUCCCAUCUGCGAUGUGGGGUGUGGUCUUUUGUCAAUGGCGAGCUUGUUUUUGUGCCGCGCUUUGUCGACUCAAGACGUGGCAGAAUCUUAUUUGGCCAUCGUCAAUUGGCUCUCCUUUAUGAGGACAGCAACAGCCUCAACAGCGGAUCUGCAUAUCGCGUCAACAUCAAAUACUUUGAUGUUGACACAGCAACCACAGGAGACUACAAACGUCCAACUGUGACUUUCGCUCUACACGUCUCACCCGCCUUCUAUUCCAAGCCUUCGGUGGACCUCGCUGCGGCACUCGCAAAUAUCAGCAUUCUGGGCAUCAGUGGGUUCAAGCUACCCCCACUGAAGAACAAGAAGCGAGUCACAAGCAUAAACCAGGCUCAUUCAGAUGUAGUCGGUACUUGCUUUGUGUACCAGAUACAGCUUGCCGACUACAGACAGCUGUCUGAAGUCUACCGAUUCUUGAAGCAUAAUCGUCACCUUGCAUCAGCUGCCAUCAACCACCCUACCCCCACUGUGUACCCUUCUGUCAGCCUUGCAUCCUCUUUCAGACGUCUUGACGCGGCGCUCGCCAAUCUGGAAUCAUACAACACUUUGCCAUUCGAUGUCAAGUUCCAGCUACUUCGCUUGGCCAGGAACGGCGCACUCUCGCCUGAUCAAGUCAUUGCAGUUCUUCCUACGAUAACUUUGUUGAUGGCCAAUCACGAUGCAACCACCAUUGUCGAAUCUCUGAGACGUUUGUACUCCGCUCUUCAGCCAAUUGGACCUCAUUCAGAAGCAGAGGACUAUUCAAUCAAGACAAUCGCCAACAAUCUACUGGACUAUGCCCAGAAGUUUGACAACUCCAGGUCUCAGAACCUAUACGAGCUGAUCAAUCGCCAUGCCCACAUUGUCCUUGUGCACAAGCUUACCGUCACCGUUGCGGGCGUAUACCUGGAAGGUCCUGAGCCUGAGGUCAGCAAUCGCGUGUUGAGAAAGUAUCAAGAUCACUCUGAUCACUUCAUACGAGUGACCUUUGUUGACGAGGAUGGUGAGCCUGUCCGCUAUGAUGGCCAGUCCGAUCAGAAAGACGUGUAUGCUCGUUUUCGAAAGUUCAUGGACUCGGUAUUCUUGAUUGCAGGAAGAGGCUUCUCAUUCUUGGGAUUCUCCCAUUCGAGUCUUCGAUCCCAGACCUGCUGGUUCAUGGCACCUUUUGAGUUUGAGGGAAGGAUUUUGCAUGCCCCAGAGCUGAUCAAGGAUUUGGGACAUUUCAGUUCCAUUCGCACUCCAGCCCGAUGUGCCGCCCGUAUCGGACAGGCUUUCACCGACACUACUGGCACUGUAGGGGUAGAAGCCUCGAUGCAAGUAAGACUUCGCGACGUCGAACGCAACGGCCGAUGUUUUAGCGAUGGCUGUGGUACAAUUUCCCUUGGACUUCUUCAAAAGGUUUGGGCUGUGUAUGGAUCGAGACGCACUCUCAAGCCUGUCAUUCUCCAGAUCAGACAAGCUGGUACGAAAGGAGUGGUGUCCCUGGAUUCUCGACUUGUUGGAGAUCAAUUUUGCAUCCGACCUUCAAUGGUGAAGUUCGAGGGCUCCACAUCAGUCACGCUCGAAGUUUGCGGUGCCGCAUGGCGACCAUAUCCCAUGGUGCUGAACCGUCAAUUCAUCAAGAUUCUUGAAGAUCUGCUUGUCCCUCUUGAGUCUUUCCUGACAUUACAAGACGAGGCAGUGGACAAGUUGAGAAUGAUGACCACUAGCACCUUCAAUGCAUCGUUGCUUCUCAACGACACACAAACCAGCAAGGCUGCAAGACUGCCAAGCUUCCUCGAAAUGCUGUCCGAUAUUGGUCUCGAGUAUCACGACGAUUCGUUCCUUCGUGGAGUCGUUGAGAUGGCUGUCAUCACAAAGUUGCGCGAGAUCAAGUACAAAGGUCGCAUACCUGUCAAGAACGGAGUCACUCUCUAUGGCAUCAUGGACGAAACUGGAUAUCUCAAGGAAGGCCAGAUUUACGCCGUUACUCAAACUUCCCUAGAUGAACCCAGAAAGGUUAUCAUCAAAGACAAAGUCAUCAUUACACGCUCUCCAGCACUGCACCCUGGCGACAUCAGAAUCGUCGACGCUGUUGACGUUCCUGAAGACUCCUCUCUUAAACAUCUUCACAACUGCGUUGUGUUCAGCCAGCAUGGCAGUCGCGAUCUUCCGAGCCAGCUGUCUGGUGGUGAUCUUGACGGUGACCUUUACAACGUCAUCUUUGAGCCUACCUUGAUGCCUCAGAGAGAUAUCGCGGCCCCUGCUGAUUACCCUCGCGUGCCUGGUCUGGAGCUUGACCGUGAGGUCACCAUCCAGGAUAUGAGCUCUUUCUUCGUUGAGUUCAUGGAAACUGAUCAACUAGGUCAAAUCUGCACACGUCAUCUCCAAAUUGCAGACCAAAAGCCGAUGGGUGUGUUCGAUGCAGCGUGUAUUGAGCUUGCAAGCAUGGCUUCAACAGCUGUCGACUUCUCCAAGACUGGUAUUGCAGUGAGCAUGGAUAGAGCUCCACGAGCCCAGCCUGCCAAACCAGACUUCAUGGCUCCCAGUCCACGAGUCAUUAUCGAGGCCGGUGGAUACGCAAGUUUCGAAGAUGCAGUUCAGAACGAAGAAGAGGAGGAGACUGAUCCUAUCGGCGACCUGGACGAUCAUCGCCCGGUCCGCUACUACCGCAGCGAGAAAGCCCUUGGUCACCUCUACCGUAGCAUCGACGAGAAGGAGUUCUUGAGGACUCUACAAGAUGCUACUGAGAGUCUUCCAGGCCGAGAUGAUACGGUCCUUGAGACUCUUUGGGCAUACAUUCAGCAGUACACUGGAGUCAUCCAAUGGGAGCAUCAUCUUGAUCUGGCCAGACAGAUCAGAGACGGAUACGAGCAGACCCUCCUCCAAUCCCUCUACCAAUUCGCCUCCUCACCACGCCACCCCCUAACCGAGACCGAAAUCUUCUCCGGCACAAUCCUCGGCCGCGACGGCGGCAAACAGUCCAGACGCAUCCGCGAAACCACCCAAGCCAUGCGCGAACAACUCGAAGAAGUGCUUACCUUCACCAUCUCCCGUAUCAUCGAUGGCGACUACGAUGACAACGAUCGCAAUGAAGAAGCUCUGCCUAGAGCCAUCGCUUGUCUUGCUGUUGGUAUGGACGAACAACCGAUGGGAGACAAGAAGGUCGGAGAGUUGCAGAGUUGGAAGUAUGUUGCUGCUGGGGUUUGCUUGAGGGAGAUCAAGAGAUGGUUUGCUGUUGAUAUGGGGAGAUAUGCUUUGCCGCGUGUUCGUCGCUGA